GGUGAACAGUUGCAGCAGAGCAAUUCAGUCUGAAUUCAAUUUGUUGUCUUUGGUUUCUGUUCUUUUAUAAACUUUAUUGCAGAGCUGUUAAAGUAUAAGUCAGGCCGGUCGCAGUAACAUCUGUCACCCUUUAGAUGGGUGCCCUGACCUGGAUAGUGCUGGUGGUCCUGCUGUCAGCUGGAACCUGUCUAUCUGCUGUCGAUGUGAACUGGCUGACCAAGGUGGUUAAAGACCUCACAAAUGAAUACAGAGUUACUGGCCAGUUUAGUCUGGCAGCAGGCAUCCCACUGGAAGGAGACGUGCAACAAAUCCUGAAGAACAACCCUUAUGUUAAGGCAAAGUCCAACGCAGGUCAAAAUAGUGGCAUGUACAGAGGCAGCAAUGUGCAGGUUGAGUCUGAGCCUGUUUUACACGUACUUGCAAGGGAUCAGGUGUACACGAGCAAAGACCUUAUAGUAGCCAAAGCCCUGGACAGAGAUAUUCAUGCAGAAUAUCAAGUUCUGUCAAAUUUAGAAAGCCUGACAAAUUCAGAAAACUUCCUUCUACUCUACUCAACCCUCUCACCAUGUAGCAGGUGUGUAAUGGAAUCAAUGUACAAUAUAGUUGACUUGAUAGAAAGUAAAGUAAAGCAGUGGCAUGACUCUGCUUUUGUGUUCAAAACAGUCUAUGAUAGUCCCAGAAAUCUUCCGGUUGUUCCCAGAAAGGAUUUGGAAAAUAUACUUGUUGAGCUUGGGAGGGCUCUGGGCGGCCUCGAUAAAGUGUAUCGCUGUUACAAACCAAGGAAUGGUGAAUUUGUGUGUCACAGUUGCUCUGUCCAGGGGAGAGUAUCAGACAUUUGUGUCAAUAAUGAUGCUGUACCUGGAGGAAGUGGAAAAGGCAACAAACAUGGAGAUAGCAGAGGACAAGGAAGUCUGCAGAGAAGCAACAGCGGCAGCAGUCUGAGUGACAAGAAGUUGAGAGGUGGCAGCAGCAGCAGCAGUGGUAGUAGCAGCAGAAGCAGCAGCAGAAGCAGCAGCAGUGGUAGUAGCAGCAGCAACCUCAAAACAAAGAAAGCAAGAUAUGGUGACCAAAGUCAAAGCAGAGGUGGGGGAGGAGCAGCCUACGCUAAAACUGAUCAGGCUGAACAAGCUUGAGCAUCCCUGAAUCCAGCAGGAAGAAAACAAGCUUCAUGCUUUAAAUACAUUUUCCUUAAUAUUUAAAGUUCAUCCCACAGGAAUAAAUGUGGUCUUGACAUAUUCUAAUCUUCUUGUAUUUUGUUUGUGGAAUAUAAAGUCAGAUUCUGACUGUAUUCAAACCUGAAUUAAAGGUAGUUUGUGACCACAGAGUUACUGUAGUUCUGUAAUUUAAAUUAGGCUAAUGUAAUCUAAUUACAACCUGAUUUAUGGUCCAACUUGAACUGAACAAGUUUUUCAUCUUGUCUGACUCUAUGUGCUUGCUUUCUGAUCGCUUGUUCUGAAUAGAAGUCAUCAACUGCAUAGUGUCUGUUUUAUUUCUUUGGUUCCAUUUGAACCCAAAUCGACUCCUGCUACUGAUCCUACUCCGCAGUCACUUUAAGACUUUACUAGACUAUUCAGGAACCUUCUCUCACUUAACAAUCAGCUUUAAUAAUAUAAUAACACUUUUCUGCUCAAAAACCAACAUAAUCAGAAAUGAAAGCAACCAACCUGCACAAAGCAGGAGGUUUCUGGUUUCAAAUAAAGAUAAUGACAUUUACAAGUAAUUUUGAGCACCCGUUUAGUGUAAAAAUGUGCUCAUGCAGCUUUAUUAGUGUUAUUGCAUAUUGCCCUAAAGAAGGGAUGUCUAAACUUUUCAAGAUGUGGGCCAAAAUCCAUCCAUCCAUUGUCUGAACCCGCUUUGUCCACGUAGGGUUGCAGCGGUCAACGGGCAAUCAGGCGGGGUACACCCUGGACAGAGAGCCAGUCCAUCGCAGGGCAACACACACACACACACACCUAAGGACAAUUUAGACAGACCAGUUAACCUAACGGUCAUGUUUUAGGACUGUGGGAGGAGAGAACCCACGCAUGCACAGGGAGAACAUGCAAACUUCCCAGGCUGGGAAGCGAACCCAGGACCUUCUUGCUGCAAGGCAACAGCUCUAACCACUGCGCCACUGCGCAUCCCGUGGGCCAAAAUCAUGAAGUUAAAACUCAUCAAGGGCCACAAAAAUUAAACAAAAUGUAAGAAUGCAAACCUUAUUUCAUAUUUUUCAUUUGUUCUGCUCAAAAAAGACCUAAAAUAUAUAUUAGUAAACAUUUGAACAUAAAAUAUUAAAAUAUAUGAAUUCAUGUCCACAACCUCCUGGAUAGACUUAUCUCCACAAUUCUAAAAACCCUAGUGAGGGCCUCGUAAAAUCACUCUGAGGGCCGCAAAUGGCCCCUGGGCCGCACUUUGGACACACUUGCCCUAAAGGCAAUAUUUAAAUAAUGGAGGCCGCUUUUAUUAAAUUAGCUAUUUAGGUCAUUAUAAUCCAUUAAACGCCAGAUAAUGAGGACUUUUACUGAUGAUGAUGGACAUUUUGCUCAAACUUAUAUGUUGCCUCAUAAAUGAAGUAUGCAGACAUUUGUAGAGGAGCUUUUUAAUGUCCCCUGUAUGUUGCCCACAUGAGGAAGAAGUCACAGCAGCUUAUAAUAACAACAUGAGGCUGCUGCUGGAAACCCCUGGAGGCUGGGGGGCAAGCCAGAUGUCUGUAAAUAGGACAAUGAGCUACAGAUGUUCUUAAGAGAAAAUCAAAAUGGAUUUAUAGAUGUUGCCAUUUUGCGGUACUUUUCCUAUCAAAGAAAGAAUGAAUGUAGCUAAAUUAGAGCUCUGUUUGAGUCCAUAGGAUACAAGACUCCAGUUGGUGCACUAUUUUGCUCCAGUCACAUUUGAUCUCUGCAGGAGGCUAUUUUCAUGCUUUACACUAUUCCAAUAGGUCCUUUGUGUUCGAUUCCAAUCAAGAAAAUGUUCACUUCACACACCGUUAAAAUCGUGUUUUGUGUUUCUGAUGUAGAGGGACUCUCACAGAUUAAAGCUGCAUAAAAAUUAAAUACUUAUAACCCAUAUUUAUAGUUUCAGUGUCAUUAUGACUCAAAGCUCAGAACUGAAUUCAUGCUAAUGCUAAUCAGAGACUGUAAACUGUAUGCUGCAAAACUUAAAAACAACAACAACAACAACAACAGGUCCUUGUACGACAGACUAAUGUGAAGACAUUGCACACUAAAGAGAUGCACCGAUUUGCUGAAAGUCCCUCAGCCCCCCACAUCUCAUCAGAUGUGAAAACUACUGUUUACCUUUUUGUCCACAAUUUCAGUUAAAUAUAUACUUUACUUACCUGUAAAUACUAAAUUUAAUCUGAAGUUCUGUUCUGAAGUCUCCACAGAAACUUCAAUGCUGAAUUUCGUAGUACUGCUGAAAACAAAGACCACUACUGAAGCAUCUCCGGCAACAUUUUUAUUGUUCAGAUACUGGAAAUCUGUGACUGAAAAGCCCAAUCUCUGUCGUCACAGAACCUAAUGGUUGACUGGUUGGUGCGGUGUGGUGUGAGUGCAUCACAAAGCUUUCUUCAAAACACACUCAACAACAUUCUAACACUUUUCAGCAACAGGAAAACAGACACCACUGAUCGGAAGCCGUCUGAAAUAGAAAGCGAAACAAAAUUUUUUAAGACAGUGAAAAAGAAAAGAUAGGACUUUAUUGAUCCCACAGCAGGGAGAUUUGUUCAUUACUACAGCUCAGGAUAGAUGGCAACAGUACAAGAGUAACCAAGACAGCAAAUAAGUAUGAAAAGGAAAGACACUAAGUACAGUGGGUACAGAAAGUAUUCAGACCCCCGUCAAUUUUUCACUCAGGUAUAUUGCAGUCAUUUGCUAAAAUCAAUUAAAUUCAUUUUUUCCUCAUUAAUGUUCACACAGCACACCGUGUUGACAGAAAAACACAGAAAUGUAACAAUGUCUGCAGAUUUACUAAAAAAGACAAACUGAAACAUCACAAGGUCCUAAGUAUUCAAACCCUUUGCUGUGACACUCAUAUUUAAAUCAGGCGUUUUCCAUUUCUUCUGAUCGUCCUUGAGAUGGUCCUACACCUUCACUGGAGUCCAGCUGUAUUUGAUUAUACUGAUUGGAGUUGAUUAGGAAAGCCACACGCCUGUCUAUAUAAGACGUUACAGCUCACAAUGCAUGUCAGAGCAAAUGAGAAUCAUGAGGUCAAAGGAACUACCCGGGGAGCUCAGAGACAGAAUUGUGGAAAAGCACAGAUCUGGCCAAGGUUACAAAAAAAUAAAAAAAUAAAUUCAUUUAAAAAAAAAACCCCACUGUCUAUUUUCUACCAGAAGCUUGUGCAGGAGAUAGGUGUAAGAUACUAUUUUCAUGUUCAGCCUGUAUGAAAACUCAAAAUGAGUGAUUAUGAUCUGAAAUUAUCAUUAAAAAAACGUUUUUUCUGUGAACCGCUCCUUUAACCCUCCCACUGUCUUUAUGGGUGACUUUCCUCGCGGGGUCACACCCAUUAGGACAGUGGGAGGGUUAAACAACACUUUUUCCAGCAUGAUGAACCAUGCCGGAAGGCAAAAAUUGAUAGCUUAGUGCCUCCAGGAAUGAAACGUUGACAGGGAACUCCCCAGAACCACAUCUAUAUUGUGGUCAGUCAUCAAGAGCAGGAAUAAAAUCCAUUGAUCAUAAACAGCGGGCUGCCAUCAGUCAUGAUUUGGCCCAGAAGUUCCUUGACAUCACACCAGGUUACACCACAAAAACAACUUACUGACAGAGCAGCUGUUCCCUCACACAAUAAAGUUAUUCUCAACGUCACUGUAGUGUUUUAAGUUAAAGCCCAUUUAAAAAAAGAAAAAAAUAUGUUUUGGUUUUAAAAAGAAAAGUGUCUGUGGCAAACUGUCACAGUGGGAGGAACUAAAAAACUGUAAUUAUACCCCCGAUAUUUACGGUCAAAUGUAGUCACUUCCUCAUACCGCCUCCUCCUUUAUGGAAGUCUGGUGAGAAAAGCACGCUAUGAAAUGUGGUCAAACCUGAACUCUGACAAUGAAACCGAGCUUGAGCUGCGUUUUCUGACAACACGUUGAUUAUAUAAAUGCUGCCAUCUCCAGAGAGAAUCAAAGCAGUUUGUGUGAUUCAGACAUGAACAUCUGAUAGAUGAAGCGAUGGCUGAUGGCACGCUGAGGCCGACUGGUGACGCUCGAGUGGUCGUUACAACACCCCCAAACACAGAUUUUAAUCCACUUGAAGAAAUCCGAAUCGUCCUGAUAGGAAAAACGGGAAAUGGGAAAAGUGCUUCUGGAAACACCAUCCUUAAUCAAGUUGUGUUCAGGUCUACCCUCUCUCCCACAUCUGUGACAUCUGAGUGUAGAAAAGCCAGAGGAAAGGUGGAUGGAUGUAGAGUUGCUGUGAUCGACACUCCAGGCAUUUAUGAUACAAAGUACAAAGAGUCUGAGGUCAUCAGAAAGCUGAAAGAGUGCAUCUCCCUCUCGGCUCCUGGCCCCCACGUUUUUCUGAUUGUGGUAAAGCCGGGCAGAUUCACAGAGGAGGAGCAGAAGACUGUUGAUCUCUUGGCUCAGGUGUUCGGGGAGAAAGCUACAAAGUACUCAAUGGUGUUGUUCACUCACGGCGACCAGCUGAAGGGCAAAAUGAUUGAAGAAUAUUUUAGCAGAAGUGGAAAGCUCAGCUAUUUGAUUCAACAAUGUAGCUGGAGGUAUCACGUCCUCACAAAUACGUCUGAAAAUAACAACAAUAAUAACAGUCAAGUGAGUCAGCUGCUGUCAAAGAUAAAAAGCAUGAUCAGUGAUAACGGAGGAACAUUUUACACAAAUUCAAUGUUCCAGGAGGCUGAGAAAGCAAUCCAAGAGGAAGCAAUGAGGAACUUACAAGCCACUGCUGAGGAGAAACGCAGAGAGGAAGAAGAACUGAAGGCCAAGGUGAAGGAAGAGCUGCUGCAGGAGCACAUCCAAAAGCUCAACGAAGAGUAUAUGAUGAGAUCCAGAGAAAAGGCGGAGAAGAAAAACAAGUUUCUUGAGACUGGUUUGGUUGCGACCGCAGCAGAAGUGGGUGUUGCUAUCGGUGCUGCUGCAGCAGCUGCUGCUGGUCCGAUUUUCAUGGGUGUAGCAGCAGUGGCAGGUGGACUCAUUGGGGCUACGGUGGGACUCUUGGCACCGUCUGCAGCAAAAGCUUUGAAAAAUAAAUGUUCUGUACAAUAAACUAUCCCCAGGCCACUUUAUGUCUCAUGGAAAUACAAGAUACAUAAAAUCAAUGAAAGAAAAACAACAAUACACUAAAGCAUUUUUGUGUAAAGUAGCCAGCUUGAUUGCUGGACCGCUUUCGUCAUGUUUAUCCUUGUUUGUGUCAUUUCAGCUGUUUUAUAAUAUUUCUUCUGUGUAGCUCUUCCACAGAUGCCCCGUCUCAUGUAGCCUUGGUUCUGCUAGCAGUGCACAUUUCUUUGACAGCCAUCACUGUUUUUAACGAAGCAGCAGUAAAGCUGACCAACUGGUUUAGUUGACGCAGUGACUAAGAGCAGAAUUUUACUCAUCAGUCUCCUCCCAGUUCAUCAUUUUGGUGUCAUGCCCUACUUUACUUUCUGGUUCACUGUUACUGCUCUUAGCACAAUGUGAAGAAAGCUUUAUAGCAUGUAUUAAAACAAUGAAGUGACUUGAA